UCAUCUUUAUUUGGUUAUUGCAGUGAUGAGAAUUUUGAUAUCCAAAAGCCAGAAAAGAUUCUUGACAAUGAUCAUUACGGAUUAUCUCAUGUAAAAGAGAGAAUCUUAGAGUUUAUUGCCGUGAGAAGACUCAAAGGCACUUCAAAAGGGAAGGUCAUAUGCCUCUCAGGGCCACCUGGAGUAGGCAAAACUAGCAUUGGCCGUUCUAUAGCACGUGCUCUUGGACUCAAGUUCUUCCGGUUUUCCGUUGGAGGACUAUCUGACGUUGACGAGAUUAAGGGGCUUCGUCGAUCAUAUGAUGGUGCAUUGCCUGGAAAGAUGGUGAAGUGUCUAAGGAGCGUGGGAACAUUAAAUCCUCUUGUUCUGAUUGAUGAGAUUGAUAAGCUUGGAAAGAGCAGCUCUGACGACCCAGGUAGUGCAUUGUUGGAGCUUCUGGAUCCAGAGCAGAAUGCGGAUUUUAGAGACCUGUAUCUAGAUGUUACUAUCGACUUAUCCAAGGUCUUAUUUGUAUGCACAGCAAAUGUGUUAGAUAAGAUUCCAACACCUCUGCUAGACAGAAUGGAGGUGAUUAAUAUCUCAGGGUAUAUCACUGAUGAUAAGAUGCAUAUUGCUAGAGACCAUUUGCUGAAAACCACAUGCAUGGAAUGUGGCAUCAAGCCUGAACAGGUUGUUGUUAGGGAUGCAGCUCUUCGUUCGUUGAUUGAAAAUUACUGCAGAGAACCAGGAGUUAGAAAUCUCCAGAAGCAUAUUGAGAAGAUUUACCGUAAGAUUGCUCUGAAGCUAGUACGAGAAGGGGCAUCCGCGGAAACUCCUGAGGUUUCGGUUAAAAAUUUUAUGAUUGAUGAAUCAAACCUUGCAGAUUAUGUAGGCAAGCCAGUUUUAUAUGCAGACAAGAUCUAUGAACAGACACCAGUGGGGGUUGUAAUGGGUCUUUCUACGAAAUCCACGGGUGGCUCAACACUGUACAUAGAGACAACCUCUGUAGAAGAAGGAGAAGGCAAAGGCGGUCUUCAUAUAACGGGUCAGCUUGGGGAUGUGAUGAAAGAAAGCGCAGAGAUAGCUCACACAGUUGCUAGAAGAAUCAUGCUCGAGAAAGAACCCAAGAACCUCUUCUUUGCGAACUCCAAGCUUCAUUUACAUAUUCCUGAAGGAGCCACACCAAAAGACGGUCCAAGCGCAGGCUGCACAAUGAUCACUUCCUUUCUAUCACUUGCCAUGAAGAAGCCUGUGAGGAAGGAUCUUGCAAUGACCGGAGAAGUCACUCUGACUGGUAGAAUACUUCCAAUAGGUGGAGUUAAGGAGAAGACUAUAGCUGCAAGACGGAGUCAAGUGAAGAUGAUGAUCUUUCCUGAGGGUAACCGUAGAGAUUUUGAUGAGCUCGCGUGCAACUUGAAAGAAGGGCUUGAUGUUCAUUUUGUCGAUGAGUAUGAGCAGAUUUUUGAGCUAGCCUUUGGGUAUAAUAUGGGGUCUCCUCCGUUGAAUUUCAGAAGAAGUCUGACAAGCUUCAUGUGGGAUUUACUUAGUGGUUGUUUUCAGUAGUAAUAUAUCAUUGAUACUUAAAUUCUUUAGGCUGAUCUUCCUUUAACUCUUACUUGCCACAAGAUUAAAUGUAAUAUGAGCCAGGGAUUCUUUAGUAUACUAUUACUACUAAUCAGGAGAAUUUAUUUUGGAGUAUAUAAAAAUGGUUUACAAACGCCAAACAUGUCUUUUGUAGUCCAUCAUCAUCAUGGCUUACAUAAAGUUCUACUAUUUAUAGUUGUAUACACACAUACACCUCUUACUACAGAGAUUACAUCGAUUAAGGAAUCACAAAGUAGGAUAUUUAACGAUUAAUAUCAAGAAUUAAUGCUUGCUUUUGUUAGUUCGCUUCCAAUAAAAAGCAGUAUCUGAUUAGCUAUUAUUAUUUAUAUACUUUAUACCACUUCAGUUUAACUUGGCAGUAAAAAGAAAAACAUGAACCUGCUUUGAUAAAAUAGUAUUUGAUUAAUCAUGUUUUUAAAAAAAAAAUUGAUUAAUCUUGUUUAUGACAUGUGCUUUCUAUAUAUCCUUUUAGAAAUUUCUCGAAUCUAUAACCCUUGUCAUGUUUGUCUUUGUUUUUUCUUUGAAUGAUAGAUUCUUUGUUUCUACUAUAUAUAUUGUUCAGUGAGAUUAUAACUUUCUGAUGCACCACUGAUUCAUGACGCCGAACUUACUAUUGUAUUAAGAGUUAUAACUUAGAGGUCGAUGACUGUAAAAAGAUUAGGAUCAGGAUAGACUUUAUUAAAGACAUUCCAAUACAUAAAGGAAGUCACAGAAGAAGAGCUUAAUGUGACCUAUAACUAGUUGACCUAUGGAAAUAAUGUUACAGAAUCUCACUGGCCGUCAAAUUUCAUCAUGUUAUAAGAAAAAAGAAAUAUAAUGGUAAGGAAAUCAAGAGUUGGAAGAUGAGCUUGAAAAUAUUAAAGAAAACAUGUCACAACUGCAAAAAGAAAGAGUAAUAAGAGAUACUUGUUCUAAAUAUUGUUAGUUAAAUGCUAGCUCAAAUAUCUGCUCAUAUUCAUCGACGAAAUGAACAUCAAGACCGUCUUUCAAAUUUUCGGGGAGCUCAUCAAAUUCUCUCCGGUUAGCCUCUGGAUAUAUUAUGGUCUUUAAUUGACUUCGUCUUGCCCCCAUAGUCUUGUCCUUCACCUGAGAAAGAAUGUAUUAUAAGCGACUUUAAAAAAAAAACUAUAAACAGUAGUACUCUAAUUUUAGUGUUAUGUGACUUACAUGGCCAAUUUGAAGAAUUUCACCCGUUGGAGUUAUUUCUCCGGACAUUGCAAGAUUCUUCCUAACAGAUUUAUUCAUGGCAAGUGAUAGCAAGGAAGUGCAUAUCGUGCAGCCUGCGCUUGCACCGUCAGAUGUAGGCAUAUAUACGUAGACCUUGGAAUUGGUAAAGAAGGUGUUCCCGGGUUGUUUCCGGAGAAGGAUUCUUUGGGCGGCUUCGUAAGCUAUACAAGCGCUUUCGUACGUCUCCAUCCCAACCUGGCCGAUUACAUUAAUGUUGCAUAUGUCUUCUUCACUUUCCUCGACAAGCAUUGUCUUCACGUACCAUGCUAAGCCAUCUAUGAACGCUGUAGCUUGACCUUCUACGUACCACUUAGCUAGACCAAUAGCAAACCCUAUGGGUGUCUGCUCAUACAAAACUUGUUUCCCAACAUAACUUGCUAGGUUGAUUGCUUUAAACAUUACCGUUUUAUCUGCUUCACUGACAUCAAUCUGCCCUUGAGCAUUUAUGAAAUGAACCUUUGAAUCCUUAAAGUACUUUAGGAAUUCUGAGUCAGAAAUGGCCAAAGGUUUAGCAUCAAAAACAACUGAAGGCACUUCAAGGUAUACUUUUUUUCCUGCUACUCUAAUAACAAUCUGCCAGAAAGGUCAAUGUUUUCAGAUUCUUGGGACUCAAGUAAACAAAUAUCAAGGGUGCAUGCGGUGCCUCAAGCAGACCAAUUUGGAAACGAUACCACACCAAUCUUUCAAUGCAUUCAGUGAUUAUCAAAACUUUUACACAGCCAAGCAAGUAAUUUAGAAGAUUUACCGUUAAGGAAUAUUGGAGACUUGGGUGAACCGCUGGAGAAGACUCUAGCUCGGCAUCCAUUGUAGUGAGCUGGCUCGUUUUGGUUUUCAAUCUAUCAAAGUCAUCUUUAACUAAUGUUA